AUGACGCGACGUCGCGAUGACGACACUGCACCCUACGACCCGUACACCGGCGUACUACCCGUUCUCCCGCCCGGCACCGAGCUCUCGCUCCCGGACAAGGACCCGCGCAGCAACGCCGCGACAGCCGCCUCGGCCGCCGGCGUGCGUGCCCUGAGCGCCCAGGCCAUCGCAUUCUACUUCCGAGCCCCGGUCAAGGCCUUCUUCCGGACCCGCGUCGACUACCUCGCCUACGCCCGCAGUGUGCACCAGGCCCAGAUCGACCUCCUCGCACAAGCUGCCGCGAGGGAGCCUUCCACCAGGUUGCGCGCGACCCUCCACCAGGCGUGGUUCUACCUGCGAGGCACCACCCCGGGCGUGCUCACCUCGGCGGUGAAACAGCAUGGCUGGAGCGUCCUGCCGAACCAGGUUCUGCCGCCGCUCAUCGCAAAUGUAGGCGUCGGUGCUGUCCUGUACACCAGUUACCUCACCAUCCUCGGCAAUUUGCACGAGGAGAGCGGGAAGGCGAGAAAGACAGUCUAUCCGCCGCCGCACCCGACGCAGACCUUCACUGCGGGCCUCCUCGCCGGAAGCCUCCAGAGUUUUAUUGCGGCGCCUUUGGACGCCAUCCAGGCCCGGUAUGACCACCGCGAUCUCAUCACCACCGAAGGCGGGAAGCCGAGGAGCAUGUGGGCCUUCAGCGCCGAGAAGCUGAGAGAGAUUGGUGUGCGCGGCAUAUUCGCCGGCUGGGGCCUGUCCCUCAUGAAGGACAGCUUUGGCGCCGCGAUCUUCUUCAGCGUCUUCGAGUACGUCAAGGCCCAGGGGUACUACCGCUUCGUGUCCUGGUACUACGGCGGGCUGGAGGAGCACAUCGUCGACUUCCUCGCCCAGAAGCGACCGCCCAAGAAUCACAAACUCGACGAAGACGACAGACAGCCGCUUAUUAUCCGGCCUCAUUACGCCAUCGAGCCUUUGUUCCUACUGCUCGGCGGCCUGAGCGCCUCGUUCGCUCAACAGGUCGUUCUCCACCCGUUGACACAUGUGCAAGUCGAGCACUGGGACCGUCUCGAAGGGCUGGACGCCAAGGCGGCCAAGCUGAAAGCACUCCGAGGCGCGGACCCGAGCCAACGAAGCGACAGCUGGAGGAUGUUCCGGGCUUACUACCGAGCCUACAAGGAGACGUGGUCGGAGUGCUGUGCCGAAGCUGCCAAGGAAGGGCUGGGCGUGAGGAAGUGGCUGUGGCGCGGUUUCUGGUGGAACACGAUCCGCCAGGUCCCCAGCACGAGCGCUGGGCUGAUCAUUUUCGAGCUGGUUCGACGCAAGUACGGCCUGGGCAACGAAGAGGUCCGCAUCGAGGGGGACGGCUAUGAUAUCCUACUCAACUAG